AUGACAAUCCUCCGACUGUAUCUACUGCUGCUACCUCUUGUUGGCAGCAGUGUGCCAGAGUCCCAUGUUCGACGGCGGGAUAUCGGUCUCAGAUUCAGUGUCGCAAAAAAGAAAGUCGAUGUUGCUGGGCCGGAUCCAACCUGUCACCAACAAGAUGUUGACGAAAUACUUGCUUCUUGUGACUGUGCAGCGGAUUUUGAUGGAGUGGCAUGGAAAAACGAAAAUGAUUACAUGUCAUGUCUCAUUGUUCACAAAACAUUCACGCCAUGUGGCUUGCAACGGAUAAUAGAAUCGUCACCAUGCCUCCCAUUCCCCACUCCCCAACCGACAACGUCUUCCAUGCCAUCCACUUCAAUGCCGAGUUCAGUUCCAUCAUCAUCACCAAGUAUGAUUCCGUCAACUUCAAUGCUACCAUCCAGUAGCAGCAUACCGAGUUCCAUCCCAUCACAAUCCUUGGCGCCUUCUGUAGAACCUUCCACUCAGGAACCGAGUUCCGUUCCAUCACACUCCAUUGCACCUUCUUCGGAUCCAUCUUACGUUCCAAGCGAUUUGCCGUCGCUGGUUCCGUCAGAGUUACGGAAACCAUCUGCCAGCCCAAGUGCAUCACCGUCACUUGUUCCGUCAGGGUCAUCGGGACCAUCUGCCCAAGAAAGCGCAUCGCCGUCACAGAUUUCGUUAGGGUUACUGAAUACUACUCGAGUGGGAACUGCUGAUCAAUAUACAUUGGAUGAUUUUUUGGAAGAAGACGAUGCGACAAAACCUUUUCUAGAAAUAGUUGGCGACAAUCAGUGGCCUCCCGAGGUCUUUCCCUUGAGCAUGUGCCAAGGGGAUUGCGACGGGGAUAAGGACUGCAAAGGGGAUCUUCAAUGUAUGCCGAGAGACGAUUUCGAACCUGUCCCGGGUUGUCAAGGUGCCGGUGAGAAAGCGAAAGACUAUUGUGCUGAUCCCAAGCCACCAAGGCCUUGGUCAGGCUGGGAUGCUUUUUACAAAUUCAAACUGCGACUGUUCUAUGAUCCAUUGUACUUUUGGCAAGAGGCCUUCGAAGAAUCGUGGUGGUGCAUGGAAUGCACGAGAUGCUCGAACUAUACUCUCGGUGAUGGUGACGAAGCGAACUGUACAAUUCCAGGACCAAACACAACUUCCUGCAUGGAGAAUGAUAACAUUUGGAUCAUGGGAUGCAAGCGAGACAACCGUGACUACCAAUACAACAUUGUCAAGAAUGUAGGAUCCGGGGAUCAAAUUCGUGUGGAUUCUACACAUCUAUGUUUUUCGACUCUCAAUACCACAUUCCUUGAGCUCAAGACAUGCAACAACACGGACUACAAACAGCUGUGGAUGCCAAUUACAAAUUUGAGCAAGUUUGUACUUCAGCCAUACGAAGAUCACCUCCCCCAUUUCAAUAACUCGCUAUGUCUCACGCAGAUGCAUCAUCCGAAAUCAGAGGGUGGGUAA